AUGAAGCUCUCCAUCAUCGCCCUUGGCAUCUUCGCCAGUGCCGUCUAUGCUGAUUCAUCGACAGGGCCCUCCCAGCAGGAGAUUUACGAGUGGAAUUCCUGCAUGAGCACCUUACUCAGUGGAUUCGGCGCUGGCCGGACCGGAAGUAGUGCCGGGUGCACUUUGUGGACUUGCCUUGAGACCGUUGCUAACAAGUAUGACCGUGGGGGUACGCUUGCAGUCGUUGGGGGUGUUGUCGACAAGGCUUGUCUGGUUGGCAACCUUAUUCCGAACCCCCUCUGA